AUGGCCACGGUGGCGGCGAGUGGGGACGUCUCUGGAGUCCCGGGGCCCCGCUCCACCCCCGCCCCGGUGUCUGACUCGGAGCGUCCGUCGGCUGCGGCAGUCUGCCCGGCGACGGCAGCCACCGGCACGUGCCCCGCCGGUGGUGUUGACUCCACCCACUUCUCGACGCUCGCUCCUGGCGACCCGGUCCCAGCCUGCCAGACACUGGCGCCGUCUGACUUGCGCCGCUCGCUGCGGCCGCGCUCACCGGAACCAGAGGACGCACCAGACGAGCACAGCGAGCCGCACGAGCACCAGUGCUGGCAGCUCUACCAGAAACUGAGGAGCAACGGGGUCAAAGUGUCAUAUGACGUCAUCAAAAGGGGAAUGCUUACCCCUACAGAGUACAAGCGCUGCUCCCGACCCAGCUCCACCAGAAGCCCCGUGGCAGCCUCAGCCGCUGGCAACUGCUGACCGGGGUGCUUGGGAGUGGAGAGCUGCUGACGACCUCAGCAGCCAGCUGCCGACUGCUGACGAUCUCUGCCGCUGGAGAUUGCUGACGGGGGUGCUGGUCUGGUCAUCUUCAACUGUGGAGAGCUGCUGACGACCUCAGCAACUGCCGACUGCUGAGUGCUGGGUGCCGGGUGGCACACUCUACUGUUGUGGACGGCUGGGGGACACUGUACCAUUUCCCGUACGGAUAGCGGACGCUCACCGAACGUGACAAGGAGUCCACUAUAUAGCGCGUUUCUGCGUUACAAGUUGCAAAGAGUUGCAUUUCAAGUAAUGUCCACAUUUAAGAGAGCGAG